CAUGCAGGCUCAUCUCAGCCACCAGCCUUGCUGGAGCAGCCUCCCCAGCCCCAGCGCCCGUGAGGCGGCAUCCAUGUAUGGCACUGCGGUGGCCAUCUUCCUGGUCAUCCUGGUGGCUGCGCUGCAAGGUUCAGAGCCUCCAGAGAGCCCCUUCCCCUACCACAUCCCCUUGGACCCCGAAGGGAUUCUAGAGCUUUCGUGGAACGUCAGCUAUGUCCAGGAGAUCAUCCACUUCCAGCUCCAGGUACGAGGACUGAGGGCUGGGGUCCUGUUUGGAAUGUCGGAUCGAGGCGAGAUGGAGAACGCAGACCUCGUCAUGCUCUGGACUGAUGGGGACAGGGCCUACUUUGCGGAUGCCUGGAGUGACCAGAAAGGGCAGAUCCAUCGGGAUGCCCAGCAGGACUACCAGCUGCUCCGGGCACAGAGGACUCCAAAUGGCUUAUUCCUGCUCUUCAAGAGGCCCUUUGUCACCUGUGACCCCAAGGAUUAUGUUAUUGAGGAUGACACUGUCCAUCUAGUGUAUGGUAUCCUGGAAGAGCCAUUCCAGUCGCUGGAGGCCAUCAACAUCUCAGGCCUGCAUACAGGGCUGCAGCGGGUGCAGCUUCUGAAGUCUGAGGUCCCUACUCCGGCCAUGCCUGAGGAUGUACAAACCAUGGAUAUCCGGGCUCCUGAUGUCCUCAUCCCUGACAAUGAGACCACAUACUGGUGCUAUAUCACUGAGCUACCGCCGCACUUCCCCCGGCACCACAUCAUCAUGUAUGAGGCCAUUGUCACUGAGGGCAAUGAGGCCCUGGUGCAUCACAUGGAGGUCUUCCAAUGUGCAGCUGAGUCUGAGGACUUCCCUAAGUUCAACGGACCGUGUGACUCCAAAAUGAAACCUGACCGACUCAACUACUGUCGCCAUGUGUUGGCGGCAUGGGCCCUGGGUGCCAAGGCAUUUUACUACCCAGAAGAAGCUGGUGUUGCCUUUGGGGGCCCGGAGUCCUCCCGGUUUCUCCGACUGGAAGUUCAUUACCACAAUCCACGGAAGAUACAAGGCCGACAUGACUCCUCUGGCAUCCGCCUACACUACACAGCUACUAUGCGACCCUAUGAUGCAGGCAUCAUGGAGCUUGGACUGGUGUACACACCCUUGAUGGCCAUCCCCCCUCAGGAGACUGCAUUUGUCUUGACCGGCUACUGCACAGACAAGUGUACCCAGAUGGCACUGCCGGACUCUGGAAUCCACAUCUUUGCCUCUCAGCUCCACACACACUUGACUGGCAGGAAGGUGGUUACCGUGCUCGCCAGGGAUGGCCAAGAGAGGAAGGUGGUGAACAGAGACAACCACUACAGCCCCCACUUCCAGGAGAUCAGAAUGCUGAAGAAGGUUGUGACAGUCCACCGGGGGGACGUUCUCAUCACUUCAUGCACAUAUAACACAGAAAACAGGACACUGGCCACAGUGGGGGGGUUUGGAAUCAUGGAGGAGAUGUGUGUCAACUAUGUGCACUACUACCCCCAGACGAAGCUGGAGCUCUGCAAGAGCACUGUGGAUGACGGCUUCCUACAGAAAUACUUCCACAUAGUAAACAGGUUCGGCAAUGAGGAGGUCUGUACCUGCCCUCAGGCCUCUGUCCCCCAGCAGUUCGCCUCUAUGCCCUGGAACUCUUUCAAUCGCGAUAUGCUCAAGGCUCUGUAUAACUAUGCCCCUAUCUCCAUGCAUUGCAACAAGACCUCUGCCGUCCGCUUCCCGGGUGAGUGGAAUCUGCAGCCUUUUCCUAAGAUCACCUCCACACUUGAAGAACCCACCCCACACUGCCGCAUUCGACAGACUCAGAGCCCCGCUAGCCCCACUGUAGUCAUCACAACGGAGGCAGGUGCUGAGUAGGCCCAUCUUGUGAGAAGCUGUUCUUCAGCCCCUGCUCAUUUUGUCCCUAUGGGCUCAUACCAGCUCUGUGCACCCCUGUGUGAAGACUCCCUUCCAUAGAAUAGUUCACCUCGGAGGAAGGAGCAUAUCACCUCGGAGAUACCCGCAUGGCUACGUCCCAUGAGGUCCAACUGGACAGAGCAGCCCUGGACAUUAUUUAUACACUGCUGACUCCAUGUAGGGACAACUCACUGUGGGAGUUCAGAUUCAAUAUCACAAGACCUACCUUGCCUCCAGAGCAGCCUUGCCAGGCUAGGUGCAAACUCUCCAAGCCCCAGAGUCCCAACCCUGUUGGUCCUCCAGUGGUGACUUGUGUUGGUGUAUGUCAUGACAACACUGCUUAAAUAUUCCUUUGCAGAA